CGGCCUGUGCGCGUGCGCGAGGUCUCCGCGUGGCUAUAUAAACAUGGCUGGCGUGGCCGCGCGGUGGGGCCAUGCCGAGUGUGUGUAGGGGGCUUUGGGGCGCUCGGGUUUGUAGUUUUGAAGUUUCUGGCGGGGGAACUGGGGCGCAGAGCUUUGCUGGAUGGUGGGAGCCGAAGUGACGCCCUCCGGGCUCUGCUGCUGCGAGACCCGAUGCUGAGGCGCCGGGCUGAGCCGGCGCACGUGUGAGCGCUGCUGAGGAAGCGGCGAGCGGCCGAGCAGGUGUCGCUGCGGCCGGGGCCGCACGGACCAGAGUGAGGUGCGGGACGCGCGGGUCUCGGUGUCCAGCGGGCGCCCGUCACCGACUUCUGUGUCGCGGCCCCUGCGCCUCUCCCUAGCGAUGCUGUGGAGCCGGAACUGCUCUGGAGUCGGCUGCCGCUUGUCAAGCCUAGCCUAGCCUCUGUUCCCGGAACGGCAGCGUCGCAGCUGCCGCUGAUCCACCUGGGGAUGCCCGCGGGCCUCACGGAACCGGCCGGCGCCGCUCCCCCGGCCGGUGUGAGCGCCUCCGGGACCGUGACGAUGGCCCCUUCUGGGACUCUGCCUGUCCGGGUGGAGAGCACCCCAGUGGCCUUGGGCGCCGUGACUAAGGCUCCUGCCAGUGUCUGCGUUGAGUCCACGGUGUCCCAGCCCCUGCGGUCCCCCGUGGGUACCCUGGUGACCAAAGUGGCUCCUGUCAGUGCUCUUCCUAAACUCAGCAGCGGCCCCCCGCUGCCUGCUCCUCAGAUAGUCGCUGUGAAAGCCCCCAACACCACAACAAUCCAGUUGCCUGCUAAUUUGCAGCUUCCUCCAGGAACAGUUUUGAUCAAAAGUAACAGUGGCCAGUUGAUGUUGGUAUCUCCUCAGCAAGCUGUGACAAGAGCAGAGACAACUACUAACAUGACUUCAAGGCCAGCUGUACCAGCAAAUACUCAUACAGUCAAAAUCUGUACAAUGCCGAAUUCUAGUUCACAGUUAAUUAAGAAAGUGGCAGUGGCACCUGUUAAAAAAUUGGCACAAAUAGGAACUACUGUGGUAACCACUGUUCCAAAGCCUUCCUCAGUACAAUCUGUAGCUGUGCCAACAAAUGUUGUCACAGUUACUCCUGUAAAGCCGUUGAAUUCUGUAACUACCUUGAAGCCUUCAACUUUGGGAGCAUCAGCUGCCCCCUCAAAUGAGCCCAGUCUCAAAGCAGAGAACUCAGCAGCUGCUCAGACAAGUCUUUCUCCGGCGAUGCUAGAAAAUGUGAAGAAAUGUAAGAACUUCCUUGCAAUGUUAAUAAAACUAGCAUGUAGUGGAUCACAGUCCCCAGAAAUGGGGCAGAAUGUAAAGAAACUGGUGGAACAACUUUUGGAUGCAAAAAUUGAAGCAGAAGAAUUUACUAGACAACUGUAUAUUGAACUCAAGUCUUCACCUCAGCCUCAUCUAGUUCCUUUUCUUAAGAAAAGUGUGAUUGCCUUACGACAACUCAUGCCCAACUCCCAGAGCUUUAUUCAGCAGUGUGUUCAGCAGACCUCUAAUGAGGUAGUCAUUGCUACCUGUACCACAACAGCAACAACUUCUCCUGUGGUGACAACAACAGUUUGCUCAAUCCAAUCUGAAAAACCCAUCAUUGUUUCUGGAGCAACAACACCCAGUACUGUGUCAGUGUCGACUCUGAAUCCACUUGCUGGUCCAGGGGGAACAAAAACUGGAGUUGUGACACUUCAUUCUGUGGGUCCAGCUGCUGUACCAGGAGGAACAACAGCUGGAACUGUUUUGCUUCAGACUCCAAAACCGCUUGUGACAUCUAUUCAGAACACAGUUACAGCAGUCUCGCUUCAGCCUGAGAAGCCAGUUGUCUCUGGGACAGCAGUCACGUUGGCCCUUCCAUCAGUAACUUUCGGAGAAACUUCAGCAGCAGCUAUCUGUCUUCCAUCUGUGAAACCUGUUGUUACUUCUGCUGGGACCACAUCUGACAAGGCCGUCAUUGCUCCUGUACAGAUCAAACUUGCGCAGCCAGGCCCCAUCCUUUCACAGCCAGCUGGGAUUCCACAGGCAGUUAAAGUCAAACAACUAGUAGUCCAGCAGCCUUCAGGAGGUGUUGCAAAACAAGUGACCACACUUUCCCAUUCCUCAGCAUUGACGAUUCAGAAAUCUGGACCGAAGAAGAUGCCAGUGAGCACCGCAAUACCUACCAGCCAGUUUCCUCCAGCUUCCAUUCUAAAGCAAAUUACCCUGACAGGAAAUAAGAUUCUGUCACUCCAAGCAUCUCCUGUUCAGAACAAUAAAGUAAAAGAAAAUGGAACAACAUCCUUCAGAGAUGAAGAUGACAUCAAUGAUGUGACUUCCAUGGCAGGGGUCAACCUAAGUGAAGAAAAUGCCUGCAUCUUAGCAUCAAACUCUGAACUGGUUGGCACACUUGUACAGUCAUGUAAAGAUGAACCAUUUCUUUUCAUCGGAGCUCUGCAAAAGAGAAUUUUAGACAUUGGUAAAAAGCAUGACAUUACAGAACUUAACUCUGAUGCUGUGAACUUGAUCUCCCAUGCAACACAGGAGCGAUUACGAGGCCUUCUAGAAAAACUGACUACAAUUGCUCAGCAUCGAAUGACAACUUACAAGGCCAGUGAAAAUUACAUCCUGUCUAGUGAUACCAGAUCACAGCUCAAAUUUCUCGAAAAGCUAGAUCAAUUGGAGAAGCAGAGAAAGGAUUUAGAGGAAAGAGAAAUGUUACUUAGGGUAGCCAAGAGUCGUUCCAACAAAGAAGAUCCAGAACAGCUGAGAUUAAAGCAGAAAGCCAAAGAGUUACAACAGUUGGAGCUUGCGCAGAUACAGCAUAGAGAUGCUAACCUCACAGCUCUUGCUGCUAUUGGACCAAGAAAGAAGAGACCACUAGAAUCUGGGUCUGGAAGUGAGGGCUUGAAAGACAAUCUUCUUGCUUCUGGGACAUCCAGCCUGACAGCCACCAAACAGUUGCUUCGUCCAAGAAUCACAAGAAUCUGUCUCAGGGACUUGAUAUUCUGUAUGGAACAGGAAAGGGAGAUGAGGUAUUCUCGAGCUCUAUACCUUGCCCUUCUGAAGUGACCACUGCACUCUCCAUCCAAUCCUUGCUGUUUACUGCCAAAGAAGACAUAAAGAGCACUGUUGCACCCUCCUGAAGUUUCAGUUUCCGGAAAAUAAUCACCAGUAGGGAAGACCAUUGUUUACAGCUAUAAACUUUUAUUAAAUCUUAUUUAUACAUCCCAUGGGGUUCUUAAUGAUUAGAAUUCAACUUUGUCUUCUGGAAAUUGGUUAAUGAAAAACAGUUUAUACAGACAUAGGCUUCUGCCUACCUGUACAUUUAAUUACAGCAAGUCAAGGCCCUGUUUGGUACCACCUGCUUCAUUUGCCAAACUGUUAACAGGUGAGGUGAUUUCCCUAAUACAGCCAGCAUUAAGAUGCAAGGGAAAGAAAGGAAGAAUAACUCCUUACCAAGCAAACUGAAUUUCGUCCUCUGCUAAACCUGUCUCAAGGUGUUAGGUUUUCUGGGCUGGGAUCAGAAGUUGCAUAGCUGAUUCUGACAGUCACCUUCUGUAGUUGCAGGUGACGAGCCACAGAAUAGGGUUUGUGGUGACUUUGAUCAGCUGCAUCCCAGUGUUGUCAAAGCUGAGGCAAAUGGGAAUAGUUUGUGCCUGAGGUUGCGGUUCUCUGGCUCAUCACCAUAUGCUGCUUCUGAUACCGAGUGAGGGGACAUUCUUGUCUGGGAAACUGUAAAACAGGAACUGCUGAUAUACCUCACUGGAAACUGGGAAAGGUGGGAAGUAUUGGAAGGAAUGAAGGGGCAUUGCAUUUCACCUGAGGAGGGGAAAGUGAAAUUGGAAUCCCAGAGUGGGAAGUGUGCUGCGGUGCCCCCUCCAUUCUGGGGGUGAGAUUGGCACUCCCAACACAGCUGGUAUAGGUUUUGUUGACAGGACAAAAUCACAGUCCAACCAAAAAGGAAAAUGUAACAAACAUUUUCAAAUUUGUAGUAUUUCAAAAGGAAGAAGUUAUUUUUUUGUUUUGUGUAUUGUUUUAAAUCUCACAAAGGAUAGUUUUGUAAAAUCUUUUUCGUUACUGCAAGUUUUAAGCAUCUUGUUGCAUUUAAAAAACGCUAAUUGAUGAUUAGAAAUUUUUAACAAUAGGACUCCAUUUUGGAUUCAGUACUCAAAAGGUAAUGUCAGCAUUGCAUUGUUGGAGCUCUUGUCUCUAAAUGUAUGAAGAGAAGCAUGUGAUAUAUAUAUAUAUAUAUAUACACAUAUAUGUAUAUAUAUAUAUGAAAUAUAUAUAUAUGAAGUAUAUAUAUAUAUUCAUCUGAGAAGGAAGCUGAUGUUUUAUAAAGCAAACCCUCUUUAUUUUUUUUUUUAAUUCCACCGUUGUGGCAUGUAGCUGUGAAAAGUAAUAGCUAUAUUUAGAAUCACAUAAGAAAGAACCAGUAAAUCCUCCAGGAAGGUUUUAAAACAAAACAAGAUAGCUGCUUUUUAGGAAAAGAAUUCAGGGGGAAAAAUACACCUCUAGUAUGUUACUCCUCAUCCUGUUCUUCCCAUCAGGACUGUUACGGCCAUGUUCUAUAUGGUAGUAAAUGCUAAAUUGUCCACAUUUUUUUGUUUCAGCAAGUUAUUGUGUAAAAUGCUAUAAAUUAUGUAUAUGUUAAAAGAAUACUUUCAGAAGAGAUCUAUACCCAAAGUUGUUUUUGUAUAUUUAAAUGCUUAGCUUUAUUUUUUUGUAAAGUGCAGCAUAUUCCCAUAUUUGUGUAUAAUCUUAUUGAUCAGAUGCUUAAAAUUAUUUCAAAUACUUCAUUAAAAUAAUUAUUUUAUUA